GUCUACUCUGAUAUUAUGUCUGGCUUGUCUAAACUCCGAUUCAGUAGGGGUCGGUAUUGCGCCAUUUUCCUUGUUUGCCAAACGCCAAAAAUACAUUAAAAAAAGAAGAAACCCGCUUGGGCUAAGCUAGAAAACUGCUGCAUUGUCCCAUCGAUCUCUGAUAAUAUUUCAGCAACCAUGUCUUCAGUUCAGCAUCUCAGAGAGUUUAUCAGAGAGCGACUAACUGCUGCUGCUCAAGAAAUCUUCACAGAGGUUGAAAAAACCAUCAUUAGCUACGAGGAAGAGCUCGAUGCUCAGCGCAGAAUGAUGGGGAUCGACUGGAAACCAGAAAUUAAGCUACACAGAGUCGGUUCGGAGCUGCAGAGACAAAGUUCUGACCUCCUACAGCCAAGUGUCUCAAAUGAGGAGGAAGAUUCUGCCAUCCAUCAAGUCUGGAGCCUGGCAAGUAGGUCCAGUCAGGACCAGAAAGAAGCAGAACAUCAGUGGACUGAAGAGGAACMGAUGGAACCAGAACCUAAAUGGAUUAAAAAAGAAGAGAAGGAACCAGAACCUACACUGUUUAAGCAUGAGGAAAUAGAAUAUCCACUAACAUAUGUAAGAAAAGAGGAAUUAGAUUCUUUGGUGCUUCAACAUGAACAGCAGCCACCAGAACAUUUACCAACUGGACAGGASCAGUUGUUUGUUGCUUUSAUUGAGACUUCUACUCUUCAGAAAGAUGAUAUGAAUGAAGAAGAGACAAGAACAGAGCAGCUUUCCCUUCAUAAUUCUCCAGUGAUUGAGAGCAAAGAUCAGGAAGGAAGCAGCUGCUCAGUGUCAGAGAGUCAGUCUGAUACUGGCACAAAGAAAAGACCUUUCAAAUGYGACAUUUGUGGGAGAUGUUACAUACAACGGUGUAGCUUGAAAAUCCAUUACAGAACCCAUACUGACCUCCAACAACCAAGUGUCUCCAAUGAGGAGGAAGAUUCUGCCAUCCAUCAAGUCUGGAGCCUGGCAAGUAGGUCCAGUCAGGACCAGAAAGAAGCAGAACAUCAGUGGACUGAAGAGGAACAGAUGGAACCAGAACCUAAAUGGAUUAAAAAAGAAGAGGAGGAACCAGAACCUACACUGCUCAAACAUGAGGAAAUAGAAUAUCCACUAACACAUGUAAGAAAAGAGGAACUAGAUUCUUUGGUGCUUCAACAUGAACAGCAGCCACUAGAACAUUUUCCAACUGGACAGGACCAGUUGUUUGUUGCUUUGAAUGAGACUUCUACUUUUCAGGAAGAUGAUAUGAGUGAAGAAGAGACAAGAACAGAGCAGCUUUCCCUUCAUAUCUCUCCAGUGGUUGAGAGCAAAGAUCAGGAAGGAAGCAGCUGCUCUGUGUCAGAGAGUCAGUCUGAUACUGGCACAAAGCAAAGAUCUUUCAAAUGUGACAUUUGUGGGAGAUGUUGCACAAAACAGUGGAUGUUGAAAAUCCAUUACAGAACCCACACUGGUGAGAAACCUUUUUCAUGUGAAACAUGUGGAAAAGAUUUCUCUCAAAUGGGCUCUUUAAAUGUCCACAAGAAAAUUCAUACAGGGGAGAAACCUUUUUCAUGCCAGAUAUGUGGAAAGAGUUUCUCUCAUGUUAGUAAUUUAAAUCGUCACAAGACAAGUCAUAGAGGUGAGAAGCUUUUUCAUGCCGGUCUUGUGAAAAAAAGCUAAUAUCAAAGUGUAGGAGCUAUUUUCCCUCUUUUUCUUUUGGUUAAAUCUUAUAAUUUAAAUUGUUUAGUUUAUUUUUAUUUAUUUUCUAGUUGAUUUCUAAUUAGAAUCAUUUAAUUUGCUGUUUAGAAUAAGUUUUUUGAUCAGGAAUUCACUUAAUCAGUUAAUUAAUUUCAGGUUGGGAUGUGGGUAUUUCACGGUAUAAAUAGGUGGGUUUUAGGUAGCUUAUUAUGCACGUGGGUGAUAAUAAGGUUUUUUACCAGCCUCUCAGUCACAUCGGUUUUUAAUCAGAGAACAGGUACAGGAAUAGGAGCAGAAGCAGAGGCCUGUAACCUUUUGCCUGAAUUGCACAACUGCAUUUUGACUUUUUAAUCUUUUGUGCUGCGUAAACCAGAAUCCACGGUGCAUCAGGUGACUAUUUGAGUUGGAUUCACUUUUGUUUUGAUCAACUUCGAGUUUUGAGUUGAUUUUUGAAUUUAAGUUUUGGGACAAAGUUUUGGUCACUACACAAAGGGAUAAUUUGAUAAUUCCCUUGAAAACCCAUACAGGUCAGGGGCUGCUUCGAAGCCAAACCUGUGAUCCAUCCGUCCAUUUACUUCCGGUAGUCUGGGGUCGGGUCGCGGGGAUAGCAGCUUAGCUUAAGAAGGGAGGCCUAGGCUUCCCUCUCAUAAGCCACUUGUUCUACCUCCUCUGGGGAAUACAAAUGCAACAUAUAGCCAUAUUAGAUAUAGAUAUUUUAGCUAUUAGAAUAAUUGUUUAUCUGCUUUUCAUUUUUAAAAUAUCACAGACUACUUUUUGUCUAGAAAUAAAGACUUAUGAUUAAUACAAAGUUGUAUUUCAGCUAAAACACAUCUGGUUAAAUUAGACAAAUUAUUCAAUAUCAGGCUUUAAGAUUAUGUACCGGAGCAUUUAAAACCACAUCAACAGCAGCAAUAUAAGGAGAAAUGCUGUUAGAUUUAAGGAGAACAAAAUUAGAAAUAAGUUCUUGGUUAAAUUUACAAGGCAAUAACUUUAAUCAUCCAACUUGGGAAAUUUUAAAUCCAUGUUUGGAAAAAGAAAAAGAAAUGAGGAGUUUUGGAUGGAUAAUUGAAAACAAAAUGAUUUCAAAUGAAUAGUUUAGAAAUUAGUCAAACACUGACAUCAAUUAUACAACCACCAUGAUUUCUACCAGAGCAAUAGUAGAUAUGUCACAAAUGGAAAAGAAACAAGAUAAAUGAUAUACCAUAGAUAAUUAUUCAGUGCAAUUUUAUCUAAACAAUUAUCAAUAUAUUCAGAUCUAUACUGACAUAUCAAAAAUAACUGAAAAAUAGGAAUAUCUUUUGUACCAUAAUUCAAUAUAAAAAUAGAAAAAACAAUUACAGAUGGAUUAUCAGUAUAAACAGGAGAAAUGUUGGCAAUAUUAGCUUUACAGUGGAUAGAAGACAUUAAAACCAAUAAUUUGUUCAGAUUCAAGCUCUGUAUUUUAAGUUAAAAAUAUAAUUCAGACAGUAGGACGGGCAUCUUAUUAGAAAUAUUUCAUACAUUAUUCAGAAUACAAAAUAUAGGUUUGAUCGUUAUUUUUGUCUGGAUUCCAGCACAUAUUGGAGUAGAAGGAAAUGAGAGGGCAGAUAAAAUGGCAAUUCAAAAUCCUACUAGUUUUACAGUUAAAACAGGUAAAUAUAAGGGAAAUUGUAUAGUUAAACAAAAACUGAUGAACGAAUGGCAAAAAGGUGGGAUGAAGAAAAAACAUAGUAGGAGAAAGUAGAAAUGGAAAGGAGGAAAGAAUGACAAAGUUCAAAUUCGAAUGCUUUUUAAAAUUUGAAAGCAUAAUACUGGCAAAUGUGAUCACUGGAAAAUAUGAAACAAUAGAGCAUGUUAUACUAGAAUGUCAAAUAUGAAAAACAAAGAAGAUGUAUAAGGAGAGUUUGAAAGUAUUAAGAAAAAUAUUAAUUAGAUAUUUUGAGGAAGAAUUUGGGUGGUAAACAUAUGUCUUCAGUUCAACAUCUCAGAGAGUUUAUCAGAGAGCGACUAACUGCUGCUGCUCAAGAAAUCUUCACAGAAGUUGAAAAAAACCAUCAUUUGCUACCAGAAAUUAAGCUACACAGUCGAUUCGGAGCUGCAGAGACAAAGUUCUGAUAGGUCUGGAUAAAGGUGCUGAUGUUUUCACAGCACAGAGAUCCGUCAGCGGCCAUAGUUGCUGCAGCUCGAGCUGCUGCUGAACGGGAACUGAUUUAGCUGGUAGCUCUGGUGCUACAAAGGCUAGCACAAACGUGUUUAUGAGUCAUUCGUAAAUAUCUCCCGAUGUUAGUACUGGAAAUUUGGAAUACAACAUGUGAAUUCUUCAUUUAUAAUCUCAUACAUGAUUGUGUAAAUCAAUGCAGUGGAGAGUAUUAUGAAGGAGACGAGGAGACACAGUUGUGUUUUUUUAUAGGGACAUGGAACAAAGUAAUGAAACAAAUAAGGGCAAUAUUGUUUCUUAUAUUAAGAACUUUCAAAUGUGACAUUUGUGGGAGAUGUUGCACAAAACAGUGGAUGUUGAAAACCCAUUACAGUACCCACACUGGUGAGAGACCAUUAUCAUGUGAAAAAUGUGGAAAAUUUUUCUCUCAAAUGGGCUCUGUCCACAAGA